AUGAGCCAAAAUUCGCAACCAAAAAAAAUAAUGAGCCAAAAUAGAAAAAAUAAAAAUACUGAAAAAGGUUUGGCUAGUGAUGAUCGAAAUAAAACGAUUACUAACAUCAAUAAAAGUUCAUCUAAUAUCCAACAAGCUGUUGAAGGAACUGCCACGCCAAUUCAUAAAUAUCAAACUAAUAAACAUACUCGCGAUUAUGAUGAUGCAUCAACAGCUGUCGUUGCCACUGAAAUAGCUCGCUUACGAGAAGAUAACGAAUUUUUUGCUGGUGUUAAUGCAGAAUUUGGUUCUGAAAAUAAUGACUUGAAAGAAAAGGUUAACGAAUUAAAAACGAAACUCGAAUAAUACUAGAUACGAUCAUCAUCUGAAAGCCUUGAUGUUA